AUGAAACAGGGCGUUCGAGGGCAGUGGCCCACCUCCGAGUGGGUUGAAAGUGCUCACAAGAUGAGACUAGAAAAAGUCUCUGCCCCAUCAUCCCCUCUUGAGGACGCCUGCGGCUACGCUGGGAUUCCGGUGAUUCACGGGGUUCCUAUUUUGAGCCCAGAGAAUAUUCGGCCUGGUACUGGAAGGACCACGAUUCUUCGGCCAUGGCAACCUUCUGCGAUCGCCUGGUUGAUGGGACAAUUGGGGAGCCCCUUGCAAGGAGGUAUCUUAUCCGAUGCGUGCGGCAUGGGGAAGACUCUGACUUCCUUGUGCGUGAUCUACUUUUUGAUUCAAAGGAAGAUGGAAUAUGACUGGAGCCCUACCUUCCGCGCCAGCUUGAUCGUUGUGCCCUCUAGCGACAUCCCACAGUGGGUGGAUCAGAUCGAGCGGUACUUCGGAUCCAAAUUCAAUGUUUUGAUAUUUAUGGGCGAUCCUGAGCACCUUCAGGAUUCCAAUCGAAAACAAAGAACAGUCAAAUCGACAGCGGAUCUUCUGAAGAAGCUGGAUGACCUUGAUCCUUCGGAUCCUCGAACGGCAUACACCCUGGUAGUCACGACCUAUGACACAAUGCAUCUCCGGACAACCCGACUGGUAUAUUCUUCAUGA